GUCAGCACCGGAAGCAAUCGUUUAAUAUUCAUAAAUUCACAACUCAUUUUCUGGUUCGGGUUAAGUUUGUAUCCACUAUCCGUUUUUGUGUUUCCCGUUUCCAUUUCCGUUACCGUUUCAUCUCUCACCACCAGAAUCAAUUCAUUCCUUCACCACCGUCCAUUUACUUUCUUUCUGUUUCCCAUUUUUCCCAAAAAUAAAACAAAAAUUAAAAACAAUUCUUUUUUGUUUUUAAACUUCAAAGAAACCCGAGAUUUCGUCCCUAUAGAAUCUUCACUUCACCCAUUCUUAUAUCAAAAAUCAAACAUAAAAAAAAAACUCUUUCUCUUUUUCUUGUUCUUGUUCAUUUUCUUUUUCAUUCUGAAAAUGGCGACUAGUAUAGGGAUAAUGGAUAGUGCUUACUUUGUCGGUAGGAAUGAGAUUCUCACUUGGAUCAACAAUGGUCUUCAACUUAACCUUUCUCGCAUUGAAGAGGCUGCAUCUGGUGCUGUGCAAUGCCAAAUGAUGGACAUGACGUAUCCAGGGGUUGUGCCAAUGCAUAAGGUGAAUUUUGAUGCAAAGACGGAGUAUGAUAUGAUUCAAAAUUAUAAAGUUCUACAGGAAGUGUUCAACAAGCUGAAAAUUGAGAAGCAUAUUGAGGUUAGCAGGCUUGUUAAAGGGCGACCUUUGGACAACUUGGAGUUCCUGCAAUGGCUGAAACGUUACUGUGAUUCUGUGAAUGGUGGCAUUAUGAAUGAGAACUAUAAUCCUGUGGAGCGUAGGGUAAAGGGUGGAAAGGACAAAAAUCCUAAGAGUUUAAGGAGCUCAAAGUCACUUCAAUCAAAUGCAAUGAAUAAUUCUGGGUCAAGCGAUGCACUCAGUCCACCUAGAAACUCAGGACCUAAGCAAUCGAGGUCAAGUGGAGGAUCUGAUGGGGCUAAUUCAUCAGCAGAGAUUCAGGCCUUGUCCAAGCAGGUUACUGAUCUCAAAAUCUCGGUGGAUCUCUUGGAAAAGGAAAGAGACUUUUACUUUUCAAAACUACGAGACAUAGAAAUUCUUUGUCAGACAACAGAACUGGAGAAUGAACCUAUAUCUGUAGCAAUUAAGAAGAUUUUGUAUGCUGCUGAUGCAAAAGAGUCAGCAUUAGAUGAAGCACAGGCUUACAUUAGUCAAACUUUGGAUGGUGAUGAAGAUGAAGAUGAACCAGAAACUGAAGCCUGAUUACUCACUCACACAGCUUUUUAGCUAUUUUUUCUCUCCUUGUAAGCCUGGAUGGAUAAUCAGUGGAUAUUUUGGUUAAUUCCAAUAAACAAAGUUCAUUUCAUCAACUAUUUUGAAAAUAUCCCAUUGUAUUUUAGAUGUAUAUUAGGUCGUCUCUGAUGUUUCAAAUUAGCCACUGCCAUGCUUUUUGAAUAAUUACAUGCAUGUCUGUUUCCAUGGUGGGAUUAUUCUCAAUCCUACUGCAAAA